AUGUACCAGCACGCAAUACUCGCUCAUGAGCCAACGUACAAAGGAACAGUUAAUAUUGGAAGGCUUUUGAAUCACAGUUCGAAACAUGCAAACUUAGCGAAUCACGUUUACACGACGCUCAUCGAAGAAAGGCUCGAUUCAAUGAUGUACUUCAGAGCGAUUCGAAAGAUUAAGGUAGGCGAACAGCUGCUGUGGGAUUACGGAAAGCAGUACAAUAAAGAGUUUUUGCGGAAGAAAUGUACCUGUAAUGUGUGCGAUCCACAGCUAGUCGAAGAGUCAACAGCUUGCCUCAAGCCAUUAACAAUCACCGAAGUGGCCGCCGCCAAACUUGAAGCGAAGGCAGAGCCGUGGAGUGGUGAUCCAUCGUUUUCCCAGCAAGUGUUCGGAUCUGCACUACGUCGUGUACCCUUCGGUGUUCGUGAUCUGUUGUUAUCGGCGGCACGUAAAGCAGGAGAAGAACACUUCACUGCUGACAUAGAGGUACCACCAGGUUGCACAAGCAAUCUUUGUUGUAUGUUGUUGGCUGCAUACAAGGACGCGUACAUACGGAGAAACGCAGUGAUUCUAAUCCUGAAUCGCGAUCGUCACCCAGCUGUAUUACUGCUCCGUCCUCGCCUGCUCGUAUCGUCGAAACAGCGCUACAGUUGCUGCCUCGCCUACGUUGGACAUAAUUACAAAGUGUACCCUGUGAAACGGCAGACAAUCGGAACGAGUUCACGGCAACCGAUAGAUGUCGAGUACAGAGCUGGAACAUUGCCACACUUCCCUACUCUUUCCGAUUUCCCGCCCUUAUCGGUGUUGCUGGCAAGGGAGAACGCAGUGCCUGUUUCUAAUAAGAAGCGAAAGGUACGCUAUGCCUCCGUGCCAGAUUUGGAUGCAGAAAUUGGUUGGCUGGUUGCCGAAGAAAUGAUCUUCCCAGCAGAACAUUCAGAGUGCGCCUAUCGUUGUAGUGAUGAAAAAGCGGACAAAUCCGCUUGUAUGAAGACUUCUCAACAGGAUUAA